UUCAGUCACUUCCGACUCCGAAAAUUAAUAAUUCAACUAAAAUUACGUUUGAGUUGAACACUAUUUUCUACCUAAUCCAAAUGAAUUCGAAGCUCGUCCUCACCGCAAUCGUCCUCCCAAUCCUCGCCGUGGCGAUCGCCGUCGCCACCACCAGCGUCUUCACCCCACCGCCACUCCCGGACUCGCAUGCCGUCCUCUCCGGCGCCGACAGGAUCCACCUCGCCGGCGCCGUCGGGCCGGAGAGCCUCGCCUUCGACCCAAGCGGCGGAGGGCCGUACACCGGCGUCGCCGACGGGCGCAUUCUUAAGUGGGACGGCGGCGCUUGGGCGGAGUUUGCUUUCACCUCAUCCCAACGGGAUUCGUGUACUCAACCGUUCAAUCCAUCAACGGAGCACGUAUGCGGACGUCCGUUGGGCCUACGUUUCCAUAACAAAACCGGGCAGCUUUACGUUGCCGAUGCGUAUUUGGGCCUACAAGUUGUUGGGUCCACGGGAGGAAUGGCCUCGCCACUUGUAACCGAGGUCGACGGCCAGCGUUUGCGUUUCACGAACGAUUUGGACAUUGAUGAACACGAAAAUGCCGUUUACUUUACGGAUACCAGCACGAAAUUUUACAGAAGGUAA